AUGUUGUGGAUUUUGGAUGUUAUAAUAUGCAAUUGGGCUGGUUUAUAUCUUGGAAUGAAAACAUGUGAAUAUUUUGAGAUGAAGGGUUAUUCGUGGAGAGGUAUUAAACAAAUUCCGUCAUUAAAAGGGAAAAUGAAACGUACAGUCCAACAGUUCACACCGCAUCAUUGGACAAAAUUCGAAUGGGGAACAACAAAAAAACAUCCAUUAAAUGCAUAUAGAUUUAUAUUACUUUUUUUUUGUGCAAUUCCUGGUACAAGAGAAGCUUAUCAAUAUUUAACAGACAAAGAUUGUAAAAGACUUGGUCCACAAGCAUGGUUGACUAUAGCAAAUAUAAUGACAGAAUCAGUCAUAUGUUUUAAAUUUGGUAGAGGCGAAUUCCCAAAUCCAGCUCCAACGAGUGUAAUAAUAUUUUGGACAAUUUUAAUAAGUUCAUUAGUGAUUUAUGCAAUUUGGCAAUUUGGUAUACCAUAUUGGAAAAAGAAAGAGACUAAAACACAAAAGAUUAAACAAAAAUA